AUGCGUCGUCGACUCCCUAUGCUUCGUCUCGCUUUGCGACUCUACGCUAAACGCAGAAGCGGUUCCAAAGAUACUUGCUCCAUGCCCCUCCCAAUCGAAUGUCAGGGUGUAACCUCAAUCAUCAUUCGUUUACCAAGAAUCCUCCAAUUCGAUUCUGAAGAAGUAGUACACAGUGAUUACGCUAUCAGCUUUGAUGACCUGAAGCCGGUUCUCACUCUACACAAGAUUAAAUAUUUCACGCUGGAUAUCAACUAUCCAUUUUCGCUGGACAACCAACAACUGAAAGAACCUGCUAUGGCUUGGCCUGAGUUAGAGAUACUGGAUCUCGGUGCGACCCAUGGCUGGCGAAAGCCCUCCGCAAUCACAUUGCCAGGGCUCCUUCCUUUGUUCCAGCAUUGUCCCAACCUGAAACAACUCGGAAUCGCCAUCGAUGCUUCGCAUCUGACAUACGAGCUACCGACCGAUGGUAUGCAGGCCAGAAAUAUUUCGUGCGUGGAGUUCUCAAAUUCCUCAAUAAAAGCACCUGCAGCGGUCGCUGCAUAUCUAGCGUAUGUCAUGCCGCAAAUCCGCGAAAUAUAUGCAUGGCAUACGCCGACGCUGCAGGAAUAUCCAGAGGUGGAUAAGUAUCAACCAACAGCGCUGGAGCCAAGUUGGACAGAUUCUUCGAGCGAUGACGAGAUUGAGAAAACGUGA